UGGACACAAACACAAUCUGAGAUAGUAAUGCUCCACAAGUGCGGUCUUACAUCACUGGCUCUGCACUUGUCUCCACUGUAACACUUCUCUUUCUCUCUUCUUAUCCUCUCCACCUCCUUCGCCCAUUUUUCCUUCUCCUUCUUCUCCUCUCAGACUGCCCUCUGUCUGCGUGCGUCCUCAGGUGUUCCUUGUCAAGAUCUGUGGCUUUCAGAAGGAAAGAUGAAUAGCUACUAUGGGUACCAAGAGAAGAACACCUUGAGAAGCUGUGAGGAGAUGAGGAUGGAAACAGUGAUUUGCCCCAAACCUCGCCGAUUGGGUCUCAUAAACCACUCUUCCAUCAACACACACAUAAGACCCUUGAGGCACCCCAUCAGGUACCAAUUAGAGAUGGAAGAUUCAGGAGUUGGGGCAGAGCUUCUGGAUAUCAUCCUCCCCAAGGAAAACUUUUAUGUGGAAAGAUCUGGUGGCCAAGUGGUAGCAUCAUCACCACCAUUUUUCUGUGGAUCUCCUCCUAGCAGGGCCUCAAACCCCGUAAUCCAAGAUGAGCAAUUUGGUAAUGGGAAUUUUAGUCCAUUUACCGAGGCAUCCUCUUCUUCAGCUCGUGGUUGUGUUCCAAUGAAAUUUGGCCACACACCAGCUGCUGUAAGGAUCGAAGGUUUUGACUGUCUUAACAGAGAUAGGAGAAGCUGCAGCAUCUCUGCUGUAGCAUAAUCCAUUUUUGAAAAGAAAAAUUAAAAGAAAAAAGAGAGAACUAAUACAGGAAGCAGAGAAAAGAAGGUAGAGGACAAGAAGUCAAUCAAGUUCUAAUAGCAGGAGACUUUUUUUUUUUUUUUUUUUGGAAAGAGGAGCUAAUCAUGUUAGAGUACUAUGUGUAUAUAAGGGGUCUGUGCAAGUUUGUUUGAGUGUGAUGUCAUGUAAAAUUUCAAGAUGGGAAGGACUCUUUAUAUUUUUUUGUGUGGCUUUUCCUUUUGAUCAAUAAAAAGAGGGUAAGGCUAAUAGGGCAAUUGUCUUGUUAGAUUCGUAGGGUCUUAUAAUUGCUGUGUCUGUCACUCAGCUCCUCCUUUUGUAAUUGUAAUUUGGAGGAAAUUGAGGAAAAGUCUUUUGAAUUUUGUAUAUUAUUAUUUAUUAAUUUUUGGGUGCCCGUUUUGGAGGUGAUGCCUUUGGUUUA